AUGGCAGGAUGGGAUUGGCUAAAAGGAUUCCGGGAUAGAAAUCCUAGUAUAAGCCUUCGAACUCCAGAAUCAACUUCAUUCGCUAGAGCUAGUGCUUUCAACAACCAGAAGAUUCAAAAAUAUUUUGCCCUUCUUUCUGUUGUACUGGAAAAGCAUCAUUUGAAGGCUAACGACAUAUGGAAUGUCGACGGAUCAGGAUUUUCAACAGUACCUUCGAAAAAUACUAAAAUUUUUGCCAUACGCGGCCAAAAACAGGUGGGAGUCCUGACUAGUGCUGAAAAAGGACAUCAUUUCACUGUGGUCUGCGGUAUGAAUGCCGUUGGGACUUACAUUCCACCAGCAAUCAUUUUUCCAAGGAAAAAUAUGAAAAAUAAAUUAAUGGACAAUGGACCGAUAGCUGCUGUAGGUUUUUCUCAGGAAAAUGGAUGGAUGAAUUCUGAAGUGUUCUUGAAAUGGUAG